AUGGGCGUGGAAUCGAUCUACCCCCUCCUAUCCCGCAUGUCUGCCGCCGCCGCCGAAACACCCAGCAAGCGACCGAAACGAACUACAACCACUACUUCGUCAUCGGGAGAAGUCAGCGAUACCCGCGUACUCAGCUUGAUAGUCGUAGUUUUUCUCCUCGUCUAUUCGCGCAUGAAAGACAUCGACGUCUCCAUACAACAAUACAACGAAUGGCUCGCAAAAGCAGUGAAGGCUGUUCUGGUCCUCUCUGCUACAAAGGAUGUGGAGGAUGGUGAGCUACAAGCCAAGAUAGAAGAAACGAUGAAGAUGGCGAAGGAAGAGGGAUGGUUGCAGAUGCAGUGGUUCGAUAGUGUGAAGCCGCAGGGCGAUGGGGAGGGGAUGGAAGGUGUAGAGAUGGGCGAUGAUGCGGCGGCGGCGGCCAAAGCGAAGAGUAUGGGCCUAAGAUCUGGUGGGAGUGAUUAUAUCGGGCUGGGGACGAUGAUGCAGGACGCGACUGACUAUUUGGGGGAGCGCCAGCAGGAGGAUUAUACGAGAUGGAAGGAGGAUAUACUAGCGAGGGUGCGUGAACUUGAGGGAGCUGCCUAG